AAUAUAGUUGCAGUUAUGUAUGAAACCAAAUUAAUUUAUUAUUGACAACAUUCAUUUAGGCCUAAAUUAUAUUAAUUAAAUUACAUUGUAUUAAACUAUAUUAUAUUAAUUCAUUUGAAUGAUAUUAUUAAGUAGCGGCAGCUAAAAAAUUAUUUUGUAUUACUGUGAAUACUUAAAAAAACAAACAAAAAAAAACAUUGUGUCCAUUUACCUAGGCUAUUUGUGUUGCUCAUCUUUAGAUUGUCUAAAAAACAUAGGCCUAUAAAUUUUACUUUUGAUGUCAGCAAAUUAAAUUAAUAUUUUUGGUUAAAUAUUUAUUAACAAUAUCAAAUACCUCACGCAAACCCCGGUGCUCAGCCCAGUAUUUUUGUAACAUAUAUGGUUAGCCUAUUUUGCAAAGACAGUGCUAAAAUGUAUUUCGUUCGCGUUGACUAUAAUGUUCAUCUCCAAAUACGAUUGUCUUCAUGGGUGCUUUUGCCAGUAUUUUCCUAGUAUUGUUUUUUAAAAAAGGUGAAAUCACAAUGAUUUGGGAUGGAAGCUUGAUGAAGCACUUGAAUUAAGCAGUUCUGCAAGAGGAGGAGCUUGCACGUGAACCCCAGUCAGUCUCUAUUGAGCUCGCAGCAGAAGGAAACGUACGUGCGCCAUACUGGUUGAAAAGCCAAUUGUAAGGGACACUGUUGCCUUGGCCCAAAAUAUGCUCCAGCAAUGUCAUGCUCCAAGAGAUUCUCUGCGGUGAUUGUCACACUGUCUGAAGGGAAAUCUUUCGAUAGCCCAGGUCUAAAGGAUCCUUUGCGUGGGGCGUACGGAGGCUCACGUCCUAACCUGGACUGCCAAGUCCAAAAUAUCGGGACCACCCCAGUGUAUUUGAUCGCCUUCCAGACAGUAAAGCAGAUUCAGACAUCCCCGGUUCUGUAAGCCAUGGCUCUGCCGCGUCACCAGUUUAUCCAUGGAGCUGUGAACUGGGAUGGAGAGCACUUGAGUCCUGUCCAGGUUCCUCAUGUCAGCGCGUGCCCCUUCUCCGGUUCAGGUCGAAAAGAGGACAACUUCUGUUUCACUCUGGACCCGACAGUGCAAGCCAGGCAGCCUUUUGACAUCUCCUCUUUCAGCAGAUUCAUGACAGAUAUGGGCUCUCUGAAUGGUACGGACAACCAUCGUCCAGAACCGUCUUUUUACUCCGGACACAAACUCCUAUCACUCAACACCGACACGGAUCCAGAGACUCCGACGCUGUCUUCCCACUCAGACUCCCAACAGUUGCACAGUCUGUCUUUCUCCGCUCCUUCCUGUUCAGAAACUGACAAUAAGCCUGAUACGCAUUAUUUAGCGAUGGAAAGCACUAAAUACCCAAGUCAGUGGAGUGAAAGCAGAACCAGCAGGAGCAUCAUCACCACACUACGCAUCAGUCAGAGAAGUACAGACGACAUAGAGCCGAAGAAUCUCCAGACAGACUUUACCGAGAGCGAUAAAACUCACAGAGAGAAGACGCAAGACGUGACUUUAGAAAACGCUGCAAAUGGCUGGCUGUCGGCGAAAGCAGGGAGGAAGAAGCGAUGUCCUUACAGCAAACACCAAAUCUUAGAGCUGGAAAAAGAAUUCCUUUUCAACAUGUACUUGACUCGCGAGCGCCGCCUGGAGAUUAGCCGGAGCAUAAAUCUCACCGACCGCCAGGUUAAGAUCUGGUUUCAGAAUCGCAGGAUGAAAAUGAAAAAAAUGACUCGAGAGCACCGGACAAGGGACCCUGGCACAAGUUUCACUGUCUAAUAUGUUAUGUAAGACGGUUAAAAAGAGCGCACAAAUCACUGCAGCUAUCAUCCGUUGCAAGUGGAAUGAUGCAACUGCUACUUCUGAUGGAUUAACGGGAGGAAGCGAUCAGUCAAAUCUUACUACGGUGGUUCAAAACAAUAUGUGUUCUGUAAGGCAAGUGUAAGGGAGAUGUAUUUAAUACCUCGCAUGAAGGACAAAAAAGUGUAACGACAUAUGAAAACACACCUUUGGCCAAGUGUACGAUUGUCAUAUUCACACAGGCCUAUGGACACUGUUUAGUGAUGUCGUUUAAGUUCUGGUCUAUUUUUUAACUUUGUAAUUUUCGGUAGGCUAUCUUUUUUCAUUUUUAAAAAAGAGGUUAUAAAUGUCACAACGGUUGUUGUUUUUUUCUUUAGACCGAGCAUAAUAGGCCUAUUUAUAUAACUACUAAUUUUCGCGGACACUCCCGAGUAAACAAAAUUUCUAAAAGGGAAUCCGUUGUCAGAGGAGCAGUUACAUCAAGCACAGGUACUGUUGUUUUGUUUUUAAUGUUGUUUGUUGUCUAGUCGUUAUAUUGGCUCGAGUGAAAAGGCACAAAUGUGUGGUUGAAUGUACUUAAACUGUGAUACUUAAAAUUGCUGUGUUUUGAAAAUCAGUGCAUUUUAAAUAAAAGAUUGCCAUUUACGUGAAAAUAAAACGUUUGUUCGGUAUUAGACCGUGGACACUUAUUGAUGAGGUAUAAUGAAAUUACCCGAAUUACUAAUUAUGUAGUACAUCGGAAGUGUUUUGAUUUAGCGAUGUGACAGGAAGUUGAAAAAAAGUACACAUAUAUUGAUUAAAUUCAAAGGUUGUCAAAUUGAUUACAAGCUUUAAAUUGUAAAUUAGGCCUAUAUUUUCCAAUAUUGUUUUAUACAAUUCAAGAUCUUACUUAUGACAACACACAGCUUGGCUUGGAGAGUCGAAGAACCAAGCAUUAAGUUUUCUUUAGUCUUACAAUUAAAGGUAUAGGCAUUUGGCAAUUGUAAAAAAAAAAAAAAAAGAACAA